GAGGCGGGAGGCGGUGCCGGGGCCCGGGCCCGGGCCGGGGUCUGCGGCGGCGCCGGCGGUUGCGUUUUCCCCGCACCACGCGCGGGAGAGAGGAAGGGAAAGUGAAAUGAGAUAAAGAUUAAAAAAAAAAAAACAAAACAGCUUUCCGCAGUCACACUCUGCGCAUUGCCACAAAACUCAUUAAAAAAAAAUAGCCACUACCGGAAAAGAUCCGUUUCCCGAACCGCCUGGGCCCCCAUCGCCGCCGCGCUCCCGGCUCCCCGCGGCACCGGCCGCUCCUGCGGCUCCGCAGCAGAUGCAGCCUGCAGAUAAGGCAGUGGCACGACACUCGUGGCUUCGCCACUGGCAUUUAACCAGCCCGCGACUGGCACGGGAAGACUCCAGAGGCGCUUGGUGCCUGCGGCUGGGGAGCUUAACCGUGUUAGAGAGUUGCAGAAGAAUCACAGAGGUUUUUUCUUGCUCAGAGCAGGGAUCCACGGGGUGUAUAGAUGAACUCCAGAUUACGCAGGACCUUAAGAUGGAAUCAAGCCGUGCUGCUGGGGAGGGGGAAGGACCAGGGCCCUGUCGCCCACGGAGGGGCUUAGGGAAGCGUCUUUACAGCCCCGCUGUCCCGGGCUCCCGGCUGCGGGCAGCAGAGGUUCCAGAUCCUCCCCGUUUCCGUGAUCUCAUUAUCGGACAUGUUCCAGAAUCACCGGACCAAACAGCCGCAGAGAAGAUGCAGGAGGCCAAGCAGAAAGCCCUGUAUCACCUCAGAGAGAAGUUCCUUCCGCUGCCUCGGGCUUAGGCAUGGAUGACACCUCGGCGUCCGCGGGGCAUUCCCCCCCCCACAUGGAGAGGAAGAUGAGCGCUAUGGCUUGCACGGUCUUCAAUGAACUUCGCCUGGAAGGAAAGCUCUGUGAUGUGAUCAUCAAAGUCCAUGGUUUUGAAUUCAAUGCUCACAAGAACAUCCUGUGUAGCUGCAGUCCCUAUUUUAGGGCUUUGUUUACCAGCGGCUGGAACAACACAGAGAAGAGAGUGUAUAACAUCCCUGGCAUUUCCCCUGACAUGAUGAAGCUAAUUAUCGAGUACGCCUACACCAGGACGGUGCCGGUCACCGCUGACAACGUUGAAAGCUUGCUGGCUGCAGCAGACCAGUUCAACAUCAUGGGGAUCAUCCGAGGCUGCUGUGAAUUCUUAAAGUCUCAGCUGUGCUUGGAAAAUUGCAUCGGCAUUUGCAGAUUCACAGAUUACUACCACUGUCCUGAGCUGCGACAGACAGCCUACAUGUUCAUCCUACACAACUUCGAGGAGAUGGCCAAGGUGUCCGCAGAGUUCCUCGAGCUCUCCGCCAGCGAGUUAAAAGACAUCAUCGAGAAAGAUGAGCUGAACGUGAGACAAGAAGACGCAGUGUUUGAGGCCAUCGUGAAGUGGAUUUCUCACGAUCCCGCGAACAGAAAGCAGUACGUCGCUGUCUUGCUGCGGAAGGUUCGACUGGCGUUGAUGCAUGCGGAAUACUUCAUGAACAAUGUUAAAAUGCAUGACUAUGUGAAGGACAGCGAGGAAUGCAAACCUGUCAUCAUAAACGCCCUGAAAGCAAUGUAUGACCUCAACAUGAACGGUCCCUCUAAUUCCGAUUUUACUAACCCCCUCACUCGGCCUCGCCUGCCCUUUGCCAUCCUGUUUGCUAUCGGUGGCUGGAGCGGGGGGAGCCCCACUAACGCCAUCGAGACGUACGAUGCCCGCGCAGACAAGUGGGUGAACGUCACGUGUCAGCAGGAAAGCCCCCGUGCCUACCACGGCGCUGCUUACUUGAAAGGCUACGUCUACGUUAUCGGAGGAUUUGACAGCGUGGAUUAUUUUAACAGCGUCAAGCGGUUUGACCCACUCAAGAAAACGUGGCACCAGGUUGCGCCCAUGCAUUCGCGGCGUUGCUACGUCAGUGUCACUGUUCUCAACAGCUUCAUCUACGCCAUGGGGGGGUUUGAUGGCUACGUGCGCCUCAACACUGCCGAACGGUACGAGCCGGAGACGAACCAGUGGACGCUGAUCGCACCCAUGCACGAGCAGAGGAGCGAUGCUAGUGCAACCACUCUGCAUGAAAAGGUUUAUAUCUGUGGUGGGUUCAAUGGAAAUGAAUGCCUUUUCACAGCGGAAGUAUAUGAUGCCAAAACCAAUCAAUGGACCCUGAUAGCACCAAUGAGAAGCAGAAGAAGUGGAAUAGGCGUGAUUGCAUACGGAGAACACGUGUACGCGGUAGGCGGAUUCGAUGGAGCCAACCGACUUCGGAGCGCAGAAGCCUACAACCCCCUUGCCAACACGUGGCGUACAAUCCCCACCAUGUUCAAUCCUCGCAGUAACUUCGGCAUUGAAGUGGUGGAUGACCUCCUGUUUGUGGUUGGCGGCUUUAAUGGUUUUACUACCACUUUCAAUGUCGAGUGUUAUGAUGAAAAAACGGAUGAGUGGUACGAUGCUCACGACAUGAGCAUAUACCGCAGUGCCUUGAGCUGCUGUGUGGUGCCGGGACUAUCUAACGUUGGGGAGUACGCUGCCAGACGAGACAACUACGUGGAAUCGUCGCAGCGCGAUGAAGUCAAGUACACUUCUUCAACAAGUACCCUACCUGUCUGAACAGCUCUACUUAGCUAAUAAAGUCUUCUAAGCAGGAAGUGAAUGUAUUCACUUAUUCUAAAAUAAAAACAACUGAUACAAGCCCAAAAGAAUAAUUAGUAUUUAAAGCUUUCAUUUUCUGGAGCCACAAAAUCUGUGAUUUAGAGGUGUCAGUUACAGCCUAAGUAGCACCUUAAAAAAAUAAAAGGCACAAUGUACAACACAAUGCUAGAGAAAUAAAAGGUUUAUUUAAGUCACUUAUUACAAUAAACUUUAGUACAGUGUAUUUAA